CACAGCUGGAUUGUAUUUUCCAGGGAGGUGAAUGGUUGGGCAGGUGUGCUACUCUGUUCCACCUCUGGCCCCAUGGCUCACAGUGUCAGGGGAGAUGCCCCUGAGCUCCCGGACUUCUCUCUGCUCAAGAGGCUGGCCAGGGACCAGCUCAUCUACCUACUGGAACAGGUAGGACUACUCCACUCAUAUUCCCCCCCACUCGGGUUAUCAAUUGCCUUGGCUCUCAGUAUCCACAAGUACCAACACAAGUCAUGGAUCCUAUUAAAGUUGUAAAGCCUGGGUCAGUUUCCCAGACAGUCCUGGUCCUGGACUAAAAAUCUGUUUCAAUUGAGAUUCUAUAGGCUUAAUCUGUGUCUGGGAAACCGACCCUCUGUGUUUCUAAAUGCAUUUUAGUCUCUACUGCUGGUAGCAAUCCUAAAUUCCUCUUCUGGGGAUUGAAUAGGUAUAUUCAUCAUCAUCAUCCGCAUCAUCCUCAUCAUACUGCAUUUUUACUCUCCUGAUUCAAAGCUACCUGGGAGAAAGGACCUAUUCAUUGAGGCAGAUUUGAUGAGCCCCCUAGACCGCAUUGCUAAUGUAACAACACUAAAGGUACAUGUCAUUGUUAUGUUUCUAAAUAUUUCUGUAUACCGUGUUGAUUAUGUCUGUCCUUUUAUAUAUCAGUUUACCAGGUUACGAUGAGGUUCAAUCAUAUACAAUCUCUGUCACCCAUCUCCUUGUAGCAACAUGAUGUGGACAAGCUUUACAAAGUGGAAUACAAACCCAUUGUCAGCACCUCAGAUCAGUAAGUAGCUAAUCCUAUAGUAGUUCCAUAGAUCUACUUCUCUUUUCUUGUCUUGGAGGAACAAGUAACACCGCCAUAACAAUGUUGUAAUAAAGCCAUAACAAUGUGCCUUCCUUGACAGACUAUGCUUCCUGAUCCGUCCAAGAAUACAAACUGUCAAGUGGAUAUGUGGUAAGUAGAAUGGUGGCACGCUGAUAUUGAAAUUCAACUGAUUCAUAUUGUAUUCCAUUAAAGUGUAAUUGUUGGGAUGCAAAUGCAGUGAAAUAUUAAGUUAGCAACGCUAUUCCCUUCCUGAGAAAUGAAGUACUGUCGUCCCAGACUUUGAAAUGCCUUUUCUGGGUCAGUGGUUUUAUUGACAGUGCUUCUGGAGUACAUUGGGUUAACUAUGCAGACAAAUGCUUCUGAUUUCAUGUCCUGGGUCAGGAAGACAAUGAGGGAAAUCACUCUGUUUUGAGUUUGAGUUGAUUUAUUCUUGCUCACAGAUAAAACUGAAGAAAUGCAGAAUUUACAUUACUAAAAUUGCAUAAGACUAAUUUAAAAUACAAAGCACAUAAUACGUGACAUAAAUAGAAUACAGAACACUUGAAACAUUACAGGAAAUUUUUCAUGAAGGAAAUUGAAAUAUUAAAAUGUGAUUGUAAAAAAUAGAAUUUUUUGGGAAACCAUUUAAGAGCUAGAGUUAUUAUACAGUCUGACAGCAGUGGGUAGAGUGGCGUUUCACAGGCGGUUCGUACGGGCAGUUAUACAGGACAGUUUGUGGCUGUUUCUUAUACCCACUGACAAAUUGGUUUCCUUUUCCAGAUGUGGUCAAUGCAGACAAAGCAUUUGGGAGAUUCAGAAGAUACAAGAUCAUAUUUAGCCCUCAGAAGGUAAUUAUAUGUAUUUAGUAUUUACUGUAUGUUUUCUGUAAUAUUUGUAUUUAUUUAUUUUCUUUGCUCAUUCUUCUCCUGCUUUCCGUGUCUCCUCCUACAGUUUUAUGCAUGCGGGAACCUUUUGGAGGAGCAGGGAAUCUUUGGUGGUAGGUGUCUUUUGAUAUUUCGUAUUCAUAUUUUGGUAUUCCAGAUGUUUUAAUGUUAACAGACACUUUUUCACUCCCUUGUGAAGAUGUGACUACUGAUGAGUGGUCAUUCUACCUCCUGCCCCUGGACGAUGACAUCAUCAGCUUGGAGCUUCCGGAAUUCUUCAGAGACAACUUCCUGGUAAUGGUAGACAGUAGUGCUGACGGGACCUGUAUUUAGAAAUAGAAGUCCCACUUUAUGAUGCAAACAUUAUGUAUUUACAGAUAGUUACAUUAGCAGGUACAGUGUAAUAACAAAUUAGUAACACAUUUUGACAUAUAACUAACAACCUAGUACUGGGACUAGUGUGGUUGUAUUAAUAGUGCUAAAUAUUUUGCUAACACGCAUGACCUGUGUGUCCACAGGAGGGGGACCAGCGCUGGGUGAGAACAGCAGGCAGUGCCCUGCAUCUCCUGCACUCCGUCUACGGCCCUUUCUCUAAGGUGUAUGGGAUUGGACGAUGCUCCAAGGUAAAAUCAGCUCAAUACAUCAACACUCUUUAAUGUGCUGUUGUAUACCACAAUUCAGCGUAUAGCUGCCUUGUAUACUGAAUUAAAACGACACUAAAAUACAUCUGGGAUUAUGAUUCUAGAUGGUACUGAAUGAAUGAUUUACUAUGGGUGCCAGUCUGUUUAUGCUUCAGCCAACCAGUCUUUGUCUUGUUCAUCAAGGUAGAGCUGUAUUGUUGUUGAACGCAGACACAGUCAGAAAGCAGCAUCAGUACAGAUUAUUUAGAUUUUUCAAACACCAUGAUUUAGAUGAGAUUCAUAUAGGAAGUGUUAACAGUAUGUCUGUUCUCUUGUCUGGUUCAGAUGGCGUAUGAAUCGUGGAGGGAGCAGGUGGAGGAGGGGGAACAGAGGGCGCGUCAAGCGGAGAUCGGAAAUGUGUUUCUCAUUGACAGAGGUAGAUCUUCCUUGAACUGUGGAUAACUGCAGUUGUGACGUUUAUCUUAUUUGUUGCUCUCAUUUUUUGACAUUUUAAAUAUGCUAUAGGAUAAUGGUGUUAUUAUGAAUUCUCAUGGACUAACGUAUGAAAAUUUGGAUUUCGAAUGGAAUUCUCCUUUAAGUAUAGCAAUAGGGUGACGCGUCAUAAUAAUAGUUGAUAUCAUACUAAUGGUUUUUCUCAUUCUCUUUGCAGAUGUGGACCUUGUGACUCCUCUGUGCUCCCAGGUUGUCUAUGAAGGACUUGUAGAUGAUAUUUUCAGAAUUAAAUGUGGUAAGCAAUGAUAUUUGCUCUGAUUACAGUCUCUACUUUGAAAUAGCUAUACGGCAUGUGGUCUUUAUAUAUUGUGUCCUUGUCAAGGACCACACAUACACUGAAGCCUCUUAUUGCUGUAUGCCAUUACAGUUGCAAUAAGAUCUUAAUGCCAUUGUUUGCAAUGUAUGUCCAUUGUCUGUAUGGAAUUAUAAUGUUUCUCUUUGUCAUAUAGGAUGUGUAGAGUUUGGUCCAGAAGUCACCUCCUCUGAGAAGAGUAUAAAAGUGAUGCUAAACUCUCAAGAUAAGGUUGGCCUUUUAACACGGUUUAAUUUAUAUCAUUUCCCCUUCACUGGUUUAAGGAUAAGUCUCACUGGAAUUUGUAUGUGUUUCUCUCUCAGGUUUUCAACGAGAUCAGGAACGAGCAUUUCUCCCAGGUGUUUGGCUUCCUAAGUCAAAAGGCCCGAAACCUCCAGACUGCAUAUGAUGUGAGUGUUUAUUCUGACCAUAUUUACACCUUUAUUUGCUAGGUAUGGUAAGCUGAUUGAGAGCACAUGAUCAUUUACAACAAUGCCUCCUGGUGAAGCAUUGCCCUGCGUGGAUGCAUAAUAUUUGUCUUAAAUGUCCUCUUUCUUUACAUCAAAGAGUAGAAGUUCAUGUUUGAUGAUUAUUCAUCUCCCUCCGGCUCUCUGUCUUUGCAGAAGCGUAGUGGGAUGGACAUUAAACAGAUGAAGACGUUUGUGUCGGAGGAGCUGAAAGGGUUAAAACAGGAACAUCGGCUCCUCAGUCUGCGUGAGUAUUGAGUCUCAUAUAUCCGAAUCAGAUGACAUUGAGGGAAAUGGUUAUUUGUCUUCACCUGUUGAAUUAGAAUUAUAGUCUUGGAUAUAUUUUAGAAUCCUUGCCUUAAAGGUUAGAAGGGAUACUUCAGGAUUUUGGCAAUGAAGCCCUUUAUCUACUUCCCCAGAGUCAGAUGAAUUGGUGGAUACCAUUUUUAUGUCUGCGUGCAGUUUGAACAAAGUUGUUAACUAACAUUAGCACAAUGAAUGGAAGUCUAUGGUAACUGCUAGCAUGCUAGUAGAUACUAAAGACUUUCAGUCAUUGCGCUAACACUAGUUAACAUUGGCUUGCGAAACUACCUCUAACUUCCUUCAUACUGGAUGCAGAGACAUAAAAACGGUGUCCAUGAGUUCAUCUGACUCUGAGGAAGUAGAUAAAGGGCUUCAUUGCAAAAGUCCCGAAGUAUCCCUUUAAAAAGACAUGUCUCUCUUCAGAUAUUGGUGCCAGUGAGUCAAUGAUGAAAAAGAAAACAAAGCAGGACUUCCAAGAGCUGUUGAAGACAGAGCACUGUAAGAUUACAUUACAUAGGCUAUACUGUACUUUGAGGCAUGUGUUUUUUCCCCAUAUGAAUCCCAUUUCCUGCGUUGCAUAAUAACUGAUACUUAUUUCCCCACCCGACAGCCUUACUGGAGGGGUUUGAAAUCCGUGAAUGUAUUUCCUACAUAGAGGAACAUAUCAAUAGACAGGUGAGAUUGUCUCCAAGAUAAUGGUACCAUAGCAAUAUAGUUAAUAGAAAGGACGUCUCCAUUCAUGUCAAUUACAUCAUAAUGGGUGUACCCAUGAGUUUACCAGACAAGUUGCCAGGGUUAGAGCUUCCAAGCCCGUUCUAUUCACUCUAUUUCUAUGAAUGGUACAUGAAUACCGGUAAUCAUAGUGCUAAAUCGGCCCAAUAAGAUUUUUUAUUGCAGGUUGUAUUAAUCAAUUGUGUUAUCAUCCGCCUUAUUGUGGUAUCAUCCACCUUAGGUCUCUAUGUUGGAAAGUAUGAGACUCCUUUGUCUGCUGUCUCUCACAGAAAAUGGUGAGUCUUCACAGAGAUGUUUUUUAACCAAACACAUGAAAAUAUAAUUGAUCUCAUGAUAAGAUUCUUAGUCCUUUUAAAUCAGCUGUUUAUAUUUUCCUUCAGGCCUCCUUCCCAAAGAUUAUCGGUCAUUAAAAGCCCAGUUUCUACAGGUGGGUCCUGCUAUCACAGGUAUUGUUUUAAAUUAUAUCUAGCACUGGUUGGGAAAAACUGGUUGCAAUGGUGUCAGGCUGACGUCUUUUGUAAUGUCAUGGUCAUGUUGUGUACUGGUUGGAAAAAAAAAUAUAUUUUUACAAAUCGUUUUAGUGACCAGAAAAAUAUGACCUCUCCCAGUCCCAGACAUCUUGACAUUGUCAGGAAAAAUAUAUGUCUUUACAACCAUAAAAUGAUGUCAUUAUGACAUCCCAGGCCAAAUGUAGCCCACUAGUGUGUUACUGUGUCACACUGUCAGUGUAUGUGCAUUUAGACUGGAUUAGUUCUGUAUCUUUGUAUUUCCAUUGUUGUUUUGUUGGAGCCUUUUCAUUGUUAUAUAGUUCUGUCCUAUUUCCUCUCUCAGAGUUAUGGCGCUGACCACCUCCUGACGUUCUCCAACCUGAAGCAGCUAGGCCUGCUGGUGGAGCAGCAGCCUGGAGAGACCCUCACUGUCAUGGAGAGCAGAGUGGGCAAACUGGUCAACGACAAAACUGCAGGUCAGAUCAAGGCUGAGUCCCAAUAUCGUUACUGUGUUUAAGACAGGCUGGGUCCCAAUACUGUGUUUAAGACAGGCUAGGUCCCAAUACCAUUACUGUGUUUAAUACAGGCUAGGUCCCAAUACCAUUACUGUGUUUAAUACAGGCUGGGUCCCAAUACCAUUACUGUGUUUAAUACAGGCUAGGUCCCAAUACCAUUACUGUGUUUAAUACAGGCUGGGUCUCAAUACCGUUACUAUAUAUAACACCUACUCAUUCAAGGGUUUUUCUUUAUUUUUACUAUUUUCUACAUUGUAGAAUAAUAGUGAAGACAUCAAAACUAUGAAAUAACACAUAUGGAAUCAUGUAGUAACCAAAAAAGGGUUAAACAAAUCAAAAUAUAUUUUAUAUUUGAGAUUCUUCAAUUAGCCACCCUUUGCCUUGAUGACAGCUUUGCAUUCUCUCAACCAGCUUCAUGAGGUAGUCACCAGGAAUGCAUUUCAAUUAACAGGUGUGCCUUUUUAAAAGUUAAUUUGUGGAAUUUCUUUCCUUCUUAAUGCGUUUGAGCCAAUCAGUUAUGUUGUGACAAGGUAGAGGGGGUGUACAGAAGAUAGCUCUAUUUGGUAAAAGACCAAGUCCAUAUUAUGGCAAGAACAGCUCAAAUAAGCAAAGAGAAACGACAGUCCAUCAUUACUUUAAGACAUGAAGGUCAGUCAAUACGGAAAAUGUCAAGAACUUUGAACGUUUCUUCAAGUGCAGUCGCAAAAACCAUCAAGAGCUGUGAUGAAACUGGCUCUCAUGAGGACCGCCACAGGAAUGGAAGACCCAGAGUUACCUCUGCUGCUGAGGAUAAGUUCAAUAGAGUUACCAACCUCAGAAAUUGCAGCCCAAAUAAAUGCUUCACAGAGUUCAAGUCACAGACACAUCUCAACAUCAACUGUUCAGAGGAGAUUGUGUGAAUCAGGCCUUCAUGGUUGAAUUGCUAGAAAGAAACCACUACUAAAGGACACCGAUAAGAAGAAGAGACUUGCUUGGACCAAGAAACACGAGCAAUGGACAUUGGACAGGUACAAAUGUGUCCUCUGGUCUGGAGUCCAAAUUGGAGAUUUUUGGUUCCAACCGCCGUGUCUUUGUGAGACGUGGUGUGGGUGAACAGAUGAUCGCCGCAUGUGUAUUUCCCACCAUAAAGCAUGGAGGAGGAGGUGUUAUGGUGUGGGGAUGCUUUGCUGGUGACACUGUCUGUGAUUUAUUAAGAAUUCAAGGCACACUUAACCAGCAUGACUACCACAGCAUUCUACAGCGAUACGCCAUCCCAUCUGGUCUGGGCUUAGUGGGACUAUCAUUUGUUUUUCAACAGGACAAUGACCCAACACACCUCAAGGCUGUGUAAGGGCUAUUUUACCAAGAAGGAGAGUGAUGGAGUGCUGCAUCAGAUGACCUGGCCUCCACAAUCCCCUGACCUCAACCAAAUUGAGAUGGUUUGGGAUGAGUCGGACCUCAGAGUGAAGGAAAAGCAGCCAACAAGUGCUCAGCAUAUGUGGGAACUCCUUCAAGACUGUUUGAAAAGGAUUCCAUAUGUGUUAUUUCAUAGUUUUGAUGUCUUCACUAUUAUUCUUCAAUGUAGAAAAAUUGUACAAAUAAAGAAAAACCCUUGAACGAGUAGGUGUUCUAAAACUUUUGACCGGUAGUGUACAUCAUAGAUAUACUGUACCUUAGAGUCCUGACAAUGACAAGAUGCUCUGCAAAAUAUCAGCACUUUAACCUUUCAACAUGUUCUAUUUUAGGAAAGCUGACUGACGCCUUCUCCUCCCUGGCCAAGAAGAGCAAUUUCCGUGCCUUGAGCAGGAGACUCAAUCUGGUACGCAGUCUUUUAAUUUAAUUGACAACCUUCAAAAACAUCAUUACAUGUAUUGAGUUACUUUAACUUUAUGAAAUUUCACAAACAUUAUAGGGCAGUUUCACGUACACAGAUCCUGGACUAAAAGCCUUUUUAUUAAUGGAGAUUCUCCAUUAAGCUUUGUUUUCAAUCCAGGACUAGGGCAGGACAGGGUCAGGAAACUGCCCCUAAAACAGGGGUUCCCAAACUUUUUGGGCCCGCAAUCCCAUUUUGAUACAGUGGGGAGAACAAGAAUUUGAUACACUGCCGAUUUUGCAGGUUUUCCUACUUACAAAGCAUGUAGAGGUCUGUAAUUUUUAUCAUAGGUACACUUCAACUGUGAGAGACGGAAUCAAAAACAAAAAUCCAGAAAAUCACAUUGUAUGAUUUUUAAGUAAUUAAUUUGCAUUUUAUUGCAUGACAUAAGUAUUUGAUCACCUACCAACCAGUAAGAAUUCCGGCUCUCACAGACCUGUUAGUUUUUCUUUAAGAAGCCCUCCUGUUCUCCACUCAUUACCUGUAUUAAUUGCACCUGUUUGAACUCGUUACCUGUAUAAAAGACACCUGUCCACACACUCAAUCAAACAAACUCCAACCUCUCCACAAUGGCCAAGACCAGAGAGCUGUGUAAGGACAUCAGGGAUAACAUUGUAGACCUGCACAAGGCUGGGAUGGGCUACAGGACAAUAGGCAAGCAGCUUGGUGAGAAGGCAACAACUGUUGGCACAAUUAUUAGAAAAUGGAAGAAGUUCAAGAUGACGGUCAAUCACCCUCGGUCUGGGGCUCCAUGCAAGAUCUCACCUCGUAGGGCAUCAAUGAUCAUGAGGAAGGUGAGGGAUCAGCCCAGAACUACACGGCAGGACCUGGUCAAUGACCUGAAGAGAGCUGGGACCACAGUCUCAAAGAAAACCAUUAGUAACACACUACGCCGUCAUGGAUUAAAAUCCUGCAGCGCACGCAAGGUCCCCCUGCUCAAGCCAGCGCAUGUCCAGGCCCGUCUGAAGUUUGCCAAUGACCAUCUGGAUGAUCCAGAGGAGGAAUGGGAGAAGGUCAUGUGGUCUGAUGAGACAAAAAUAGAGCUUUUUGGUCUAAACUCCACUCGCCAUGUUUGGAGGAAGAAGAAGGAUGAGUACAACCCCAAGAACACCAUCCCAACCGUGAAGCAUGGAGGUGGAAACAUCAUUCUUUGGGGAUGCUUUUCUGCAAAGGGGACAGGACGACUGCACCGUAUUGAGGGGAGGAUGGAUGGGGCCAUGUAUCGCGAGAUCUUGGCCAACAACCUCCUUCCCUCAGUAAGAGCAUUAAAGAUGGGUCGUGGCUGGGUCUUCCAGCAUGACAACGACCCGAAACACACAGCCAGGGCAACUAAGGAGUGGCUCCGUAAGAAGCAUCUCAAGGUCCUGGAGUGGCCUAGCCAGUCUCCAGACCUGAACCCAAUAGAAAAUCUUUGGAGGGAGCUGAAAGUCCGUAUUGCCCAGCGACAGCCCCGAAACCUGAAGGAUCUGGAGAAGGUCUGUAUGGAGGAGUGGGCCAAAAUCCCUGCUGCAGUGUGUGCAAACCUGGUCAAGACCUACAGGAAACAUAUGAUCUCUGUAAUUGCAAACAAAGGUUUCUGUACCAAAUAUUAAGUUCUGCUUUUCUGAUGUAUCAAAUACUUAUGUCAUGCAAUAAAAUUAAAAUUAAUUACUUAAAAAUCAUACAAUGUGAUUUUCUGGAUUUUUGUUUUAGAUUCGGUCUCUCACAGUUGAAGUGUACCCAUGAUAAAAAUUACAGUCCUCUACAUGCUUUGUAAGUAGGAAAACCUGCAAAAUCAGCACUGUAUCAAAUACUUGUUCUCCCCACUGUAUAUAAAAAAAUGUGCGACCGCACGAUGUCAAAAAAGUGAUCUAAUCAAUGACAAAUGUUUACUUUUUUUAAUUGGGGCUAUGACAGUCUAUCACAAAUCAGUCUGACAGUACUUUUGACAGUAUUUCAAUCUGAAGGAAGUAUGGUUUGAAAUGACUGAAAUGCAUCAGGAAAGGUAUAAAUUCAGAAGAUCAUCAGGCAAUAGUGUUGUAUGAUUUUCAGUCUGAAUCUUCAGUCUGAUCUUCAGUCUGAUUUAGUGCCUGGUCUUGUCCAGUCUGUUCUAAUGAGUCCUGCGCGGCUUGUGGGCAUUGUAGAGGGAAACAAUAGUCUAAUCUUACAGUGAUGGGGUCAUAAUACUUUGUAGCUUAAACCGUUCAAAAGAUAGAGACACAUUUGUAUGAAGAAAACAGAAACCGCUCUGUUUAUUACAACCGCAUCUAGCGGCUACCGGAGGUUACUGAUGUAACCCUGGUUCUAAUAACCAAGCGCGAUUUUCUUUAUUUUCUUUUUUUCAGAGUUUCUCUCGCGACCCCAUUUUCAAAUCACGACCCCUAGUUUGGGAAACGCUGCCUUAAAAUAACUCUGUAACCAAACAGUAUUGCAAUGAAACCGGAUAUCCUUACUGUAUCUACAUCAAGGUGCCCAAGUCGGAUGAAGAAUAUGACCUCCGUGUCCCUCGAGACAUGGCCUAUAUCUUCAGUGGAGCCUACAUUCCUUUGAGCUGCAAACUCAUCGAACAGGUAGGUGGACUCCAACAUGAAUAAACUCAUGGGUACUAAGACAGAAGUGUGUUACAAUUAGUGAUAUAAUAAGAAGUAUUGCGCUUGUUCUACGUCUGCAGGUAUUGGAGCGUGAUGGUUGGACAGGGCUCGAGGAAGUCACACGCAUGCUCAACGGCCAUGAAUUUGCAGUCACAGGUAAGACAAGUGGGCUUGACAUUGACACUGAAAUUUAUGUAAAAAGCACGUUUCAAUGGACAGUCCAUAGAGUAAAGGGGAACACUCAGAGCAUUCCAGUUCUUUAUUUUCUCCCUCUCUCUCUCUCUACCUCCCCCCUCUCUCUCAGCAGGUAGUAACGGAUCAGACGCAAGGGUGAAGACCGAUUCCCAGCGUAUCAUCCUAGUCAUGUUCCUGGGUGGCUGCACCUUCUCAGAGAUCUCAGCACUGCGCUUUCUGGGCAGAGAGAAAGGUAAGGAAGGCUUUCUAUUGGGAUUCUGAAGGGUGGUGGUACUAGAAAUGUAACAGUGUGUCAAUGUAGGGGACAGCAGAAGCUUUGAGAGGUGGGCCAGUAACCGGAGGGUUGCCGGUUCGAAUCCCAGUGCUGACAGGGAAAAAUGGGGAGGGUGUGAGUUAGGGAAAGAUCUAUUCAUGCCUCCAUUUCUACCUCUAUUUCUCCUAGGUUAGACAUUUAUUGUGGUGACUACAAAGUUUACAAUAAGUGUUUUAUAUAGGUCAAGCUGGUUCUUCAUAUUAACUUUGUACCAUUGAAAAAGAGACCCUGGUCUCAAUUGGGAUUCUGUCUCUGGUGUUUCUAGGUCUUAAAUUCAUUGUGGUGACCACAGCUAUCACAAACAGUGCCAGACUUCUGGAGUCUAUGUUGGACAACCAUGCAUGAGUCCUGGGGUCUUUCUAUCAUUGCCAAUGGGAGCAUCCAGCUUGUGGUCCAAGACAUCAUGGGGACACAUACAGAUGACUUUUUGGACAUUUUGGAUCUACAAUAUGACAACAACUACAUGUUUGCACCUGUUAUUCAGAGUAUUGUAUUGGAAGCAGUCUCAACUUGAUCUGGUUGAGAAAACAAUGGAUUGACAUUGGAAAAUAUUCCAUCAUAGUGCUAUACCAACUGCAAAAGGUGUAAAAAUAAUGUUGUUUUCUGUCCACAGUACAAAAUAAAUAUGAUGUUUUAUUUGUUGUGUCUGUGAUUUAUAAUACAUUAUAUUUAUGAAUCUUACGGAUAUCAAAUACAUGUAGAUAAAUAAUGACGUUUUUGUACAGCGACAUUUGAAAGCAUGUCUGUCACUUUGCUGGUAAUUACUGUUCGUUUUCUUGAGUCCACGCCCUUGCGCAUGCGCUCAUGGUACCAACAUGUCUAGACGAUGACAUAUUGGCCGUCCUCAACCAAUGAGGGACAAGACCACAUUUUGAUGCAUAUUUUUGAAUCGGUCAGAAACGGCUUGAGAGAGACUUAACACAGGCAAGGUUGAAGGACAGCGCGCUCAGGAUUUAUGAGCAGUUUUGCUGCUAGCUACAACACAACUGACUUAAAAAUUACUGGGACUUCGCGAUGAGGAAGAGGCAAGUGAAUUGUAUUUGUAAAAAGUAUUGCAUUUGGCAUGCAGAAUUGAAACGUCAAGCUAGCUAACUUAACUGACAGAACAGCAGUGUUUUGUGACUAACGUUAUAGCUAGCUAGCUAAAACUAGUUACCUAUCUAGAAAUAAGACUGCAGAUUACUGAUCAGUUUUAUAAAAAUGUUAGCUAACGUUAAUGUCAAUUUGCCAGGAGUGACUAACGUUAGGCAAGACAGACUCGGCUGCGAGCUCGUUAGCUUACGUUACUGUAACAGUUAACGAUUGGGUGUGCCUGCAAAGUUGAAUGGAUUGACUGCUAGUGUGCUACCAAUUCAAAGACUGAUCAAUUACAAUAGCAGGACGACAUUGACACUAACGUUAACAUUAUUGCUGCAGUGCUGCCCCUUGUCGUUGCAACUUGCAGCAGUCCAGCAAAGUCAAGUAACGUUAGCUAGUCAUGCCAGUCCAAAAAUGUAACCUUUUAUAUAUAUGUCCCCGGCCCAUUCCAGUGAGGUGCUCGCAGCCGAGUCAGUGGCUUGCCUGAAUAAAGCUCUCUGCCACCUAAAGGACAUCUGGGAAGAGAUAGGAAUUCCAGAAGACCAGAGACUACAGAGAACCAAUGUGGUCAAGAAUCACAUCAAGGUGAGUCAAAACAAAUUGACACUCAAGCAUAGAGUGUAAUUAUUCUCCAAGGAACAACAUUCUCAAAGCCGUGACACCUGUCUGUGCACCUGCUGUAGCUAGUUAACUAGCUAGCUCUGGUCCAGGGCGUUAGUGCGGCUCGACGCCCUGGUGAAGAGCUAGUACAGUGGCUAGCUAACCUACUUUUGAGGGGUAUGUAAGUGUUGCUAGGGAAUAUGUGUGAUCUAUUUAGUCUGCGAAAUGUGAGAUUUCUAGAAGUAGCUAAUUCAAGAACCAGCUACUCUCUUUAACUAUGGAUUCGUUCCUAUAUGUGGACUGACUAGUCAUUUCUGCACAUCUCUCACAGGGUUUGUUAGACAUGAUGAUAACAGAGGAGGAGUCUCUUAGGACCAGACUGUUGAGCAGCAUCGAAGCCUGUCGCAAACAAUUGGAUAAGCUGUGCUUGGAACUGCAGCUACCCCCGUUUGAGGUAAGCAUCCUAACAGUUUCUAACAAGGUCUGCAAAGUUAUACUAGUAUGCUAAUGACAUAAAUCAUAGAAAUAUGACUAGAACGGACAUUCCCAUUCAACUCAAUGUCCCACUCAAAUUACCAUGGUCUGAUUGGCUUUGUCCUUUCUAGUAAUUCUAUUUCUAGGAUAAAGCGCUAUGAGGAUUUAUGGACUUAUUGCUGUCCAUUUCUUGGAGAUCAGUGGAUGGAGGAAAAAAAGGGCUAUUACGGAAAAUAAGGGAAUGAGGCCAUUCCAGACUGUUUAGAUGAUGCCUCUGGGGAAGUCCAUUUUCGAUUUUGAAGAUUUCUUUGGAGAAACAUUCUGCCUGUGCCUUCCAGGGUUGGGGUCAAUUCAGGAAGUAAACUGAUUUUUUUUUUUACCCUGAAUACUCAAAAUUGAAAUGGCAUUAACCCCAACCCUGGUGCCUUCCCUGGGUACAGAUCUGGGAUCAGUUUCCCCCUCCCCAAUCCUCAACUUAACCAUUAGUGGGGGAAAUGCAGUGCCUAGGGGCAACUUCACCCAACACCUUUUCUCUCACCAGGAGGAGCGGGGCGUCACCAUGCUGCAGCAGGAGAAGGAGAUCCGGACCCAGGUGGAGGGGUUGGUGAAGGAGCGGACCCAGAGGAUGCAGCAGCUCAAGGCCUUGACAGAGCGCGACCAAGACCUGUGUGACACUCUGUGUUCAGAGCCCUACGCCCUCGACCCCAACGCUGUGCCCUCCCUGGAGCAGCUGGACGGCUUCCGCCAGCACAUCGCCAGCCAGACCGCAGAGAAGGUGGAUAGGGAUUUGUAAUAAAAGCAGAGCUGGGUUCGCAUACCAGUAGUAUUUGUAAAAAAUAAAUGUAGCUGCACUUGAUUGAGCUUACCUGGCGCAAUGGAACUAAUGGAAUAGUCCCAAAGGAGCAAAUCCAAUGUGAUACAUCACGCAGGCUUAAUCAAAUGCUCAAAGGAUUUGAAAGAAAACAUAUUAUUUGAACCUAGAUCUGAAUGAUGGUGCAUACUUCACCAACCCUGCUCCUGGAGAACCCAGCACUUAUUUGCUGAUUCAACUAAUCUCUGUCUUUAAUCUAGAGGCACGAUUAGUUGAAUUGGUUGUAGUAAUGCCAAAAAAAGGUUGGCCAUUGAUUCUGCGCCUCACCUUAGGGAAAAUAAUAUUGAGGAAAAACACUGAUGUAAACUAAUAUACACAUUUGAGGAGAUCCCUAACGGCAUGUCUCUCGGUCUGUGGGCAGGAGCGGCGGCACGCUGAGUUUGUGGGCAUCAAGAGGCAGAUCAUCUUGUGCAUGGACGACCUUGAUCAGCUGCCAGAGACCAGCUUCGAGAAGGACAUAGUCUGCGAGGACCAGGAGGCCUUCUGCCUGUCCAAAGACAACAUCGCCUCGCUCAAACUCCUCCUCGGCCAAGUGAGAAUGGAACUAAUCCAAUUUGUUUAUGAGAUGAUAGUGAAUGCUUUAGUUUGAGCGAUACUUUGCAAUGUCUGUGCAAAGUGAACAGUCGAUCUGCUCACCACCACAGUACAACAACAGUCGACCUACACACAUUACGUUUCAACAAUACUAUAUCAGUUCAUUAUCACUUCACUAUAGAUUAUCUAAAUAUCUUAAUUUGCAUUUUGUUGCUAAUAUCUCUCAUUGGCCGUGUUCCAGGUCUUCUUUAUUGCAGUCGCGUCCCACGUAAAGACAAUACAGACAUCCUGGAACAUGCCCAUUUCCGUAGUGCUCCUUUACUAACCGUCCCCUGUGUCUGUUGUUCUGUCUAGCUGGAGGAGAGGAAGGCAGAGAACCAGGCGGUGUGUGAGGCUCACAGGGAGAAGAUCCAGGAGCUGUGGGACAGACUGCAGGUGCCCCAGGAGGAGAGAGAGCUCUUCUCAGAGCACAUGGUCGUCUCCAAGAAGAAGAACCUGGAUGCUGUUAGUGAAAACUUUUAGUUUAUGUCCCAAAUGGCACCCUAAUCCCUUUCUAGUGCACUUAUUUUGACCAGAGCCUAAUGGGCCCAUUUUGACCAUGCCCCUUACUUGCCUAAAUAUUCUGAAAUAACGGUUUAUUUUUAUUUCUGAAAGAUAAGCUUGAAAUGGACAUGGUCUAAUUGACUCAACAACUUAAAACACACAUCUAAGUUUAGCUUUGUUAAUGAUCCAGAAAGUCAGUAGUUGUUUGUUGUUUAUUUAAAGUUUGCUGGCUAUCUCAUUGAUCCUGCUUUGUAGUAUGUAUACCCCUCUGGCUAGUCAUCAUUGUCUCCAGUAGUCUGUAUCUGGCAUUCUAAAGCUGUUUCUAAACAAAGUCUGUCUAUUAAUCAAGAGAAUGUUAGAACCAAAGAACCAAAUAGUUCUCUCUUCUUUUUCACACCUCAGUUAGAAGCAGAGGGCAGGCGACUGGUGGAGCUCAAACUACUGAACAUGCGUAACGUAACUGAGGCCAUCCGCUCAGAGAUCGCAGUGCUCUGGGAGAAAUGCUUCUUCAGCAGCGACCAGCGACAGGCCUUUGUGCCCUAUUAUAGCGGUAAGUUGGGUUUGGAUUACAGGUACAACACAAGCUUUGGUAGACCCAUCAAUGAAUGAAGACUCCGAGAAGUCUUUCUAGUGAACAGUGUGUUUUAGAAUUGUUAACUUAUUAAUCACAUACCUGGUGCAUCACAUACCCAUGCAUUUAGUUUUCCCUUUUAAAAAGGCAAUAUUUUUCUCAAUGUGACUUCCUGAUUUUAAUAAUAAAUGAAUGAUUUGUUUUUCCCUCCUUCAGAUGAUUUUACAGAGGAGCUGUUGGGGCUGCACGACGCUGAGAUCCUGAGGCUGAAGCAGCACUAUGAGGAACACAAGGAGCUGUUUGAAGGGGUUCACCGCUGGGAGGAGAGCUGGAGACUCUUCCUGGAACUAGAGGUUAGCUGUGGCGAAGCACCAAUAAGCAGUUUAGUCAUAUAGCAGACGCUCUUAUCCAGAGAGACUUGCAGUUAGUGCAUUCAUCUUAAGAUAGCUAGGUGAGACAACCACAUAUCACAGUCGUAGUUAGUACAUUUUUCUCAAUAAAGACCUUACCAGCAAAGUCAGUGCUAGUAAGAAAAGACAAGUGCAAUUAUAUAUUUUUUAAGUGGGCUUUAAAUGGAUAGUUCAAUUUAAAAAAAGGUUUUUGCUUAUUUUCGAAUUACCUAGGAUGUUGUUUCAUCCAAUCAAUUUAAGUUAAAUAACAUACAAUUUUAAGCUCCCUUGACUUAUCAAAAAUAAAAUAAAAAUUGUUUGGCCUUACUGCUAUUAGCCCAUACAAACGCAUUAAAUGACAGAUUCACUACAUGGAACAACAGCUAGUCCCCCAAAUAAAUCUAAAGGAAGUUUGUUCUGAAGUGUCAGAGAGAUAUAAGAAUGAUCAGGAAACAUUUGUAAAAAUAUUUGUAACAUUUAUUUAACCUGAAAUAUCAUGAUAGUCUGUUUGGACGCUACAGACGAUUUUGUGCGAAGACCGAUUUUCGGGAUGUCUCAUGGUCUGACAAACACAACUCUAGCUCUGUCACCUUUCACCCCAAAUGCGGAAGUGUUACAUAGGCGGAUGUGGUGGAUUGAGAUGCAUCCCAUGCAAAUAAAACAGAUGUCGCUAGCUUAAACUGACAGAUUUUUAUGGGGAUUUUUGUAUUAUGCUAAUUCGAUUUCCACAGGGGCGCGGACAUCGACCUUAGGGGGUUUUAACCCUUGGCAUUUCCUUUUAUCCCCACAGAAAAAAGCCACAGACCCCUCCAGGUUCACCAACAGAGGAGGGAAUCUGCUCAAAGAGGAGAAACAGAAAGCCGAGCUCCACAAAAGCCUGCCCAAGGUAACUCAUUCUGAAAAAGACGACAGGAGUCUGUAUUUUUCCCUUGUUAGGUGGGUAGCUACUGUACAUACAAACAUGACAAGGCUCUGAGUUUUUCUUGAGCAGCCGUACAUAAUGCUAUACUAUAUAAACACAUACUAUACUGUAAAAGGCUUGGCUAUAUCCCUAUAUUUGUGUUUUGUUUGUCCAGCUUGAGAAGAAACUGAAGGCUCAGAUUGAUGUGUGGGAGCAGGAGCAGGCCAGGGAAUUCCUGGUGAAUGGACAGAAGUUCAUGCAGUUUGUGGAGGAGCAGUGGGAGUUGCACCGCAUCGAGAAAGAGAAUGAGAAACUGGAGAGGGUAAAGACCUAGCUACUCAUUUGAGGGCAGAAUCCUAACUUGAGAGAUACAGUCUUGGUCCUCUUUCCUGGACCCAGAUUAAACCUAGUCAUAGACUAAGAAGCAUGACCAAAGGAGAAGUGUUUUUCAGUCCAGGAUUAGGUUUCAUUUGGAUCUGGGAAACCGGGCCAUUGAGCGCAACUUGUACUUUAAUGUAAAUCAUGUAUUGAUGUCCACGAGAGAGAUGCACAAUCAUAAUUUGUUACACUCUUGUCUCAAGUUAGGCUUAGUGCUGUGUAGCUAAAAGUUUACUUUAUUAAACUCUGAGAUUACAAUACUUUGAUUUAUAUCGUUCAUAUUUUUCAUUGUAUCAGCAACUGAAAAAGAGCAAGCAGAUUGAGGUGGAUAUGCUGUAUGGGACAGCUGUCCGGACACCGACCAAACGGCGAUUCCUCGGCACCGCUACCCCCACCAAAGCACGAAAGGUACCACUUCAAUAACUUUGCUGCUGCUCUUUCUAGCCUUCAUACUCAUGCAACAAUUGCAUGGCCCAAUCUUAGCCUGGGUAUCGAGUCUGUUUCUGGACUGCAUAUGUUUUUAUGACAAAGGUGGCUAAAGCAGAAACAAGACUGGAACCCAGGCUAACACAAUCACUGGCUUGUGUUUAAUUCGUUGGGCAUUAAUAACAUGGGCUGUUGGCAUCACUAACUAACUCACUGUCUGUGUGUUCUCUCCAGCUCAAUGGCACCACCUCCAGCCUCUCUAGUGCCAACUCUAACAGCACCAUACGCUCAGCCUAUGGCGGAACUGUCUGCCACUCACCCUCCCGCCCCCCUCUGUCAGUCAACAAGGUCAGCGCAGCAUGUUUGCACAAUAACUAACUACACUGAAAAUAUAUAUAUAAAUGCAACAAUUUCAAAGAUUUUACAGAGUUACAGUUCAUAUAAGGAAAUCAGUCAAUUGAAAUAAAUUCAUUAGGCACUAAUCUAUGGAUUUCACAUGACUGGGAAUACAGAUACCUUAGAAAAACAGUCAGUAUCAGGUGUGACCACCAUUUGCCUCAUGCAGCGCGAUACAUUUAUUUUGCAUAGAGUUGAUCAGGCUGAUUGUGGCCUGUGGAAAGUUGUCCCACUCCUUUUCAAUGGCUGUGCAAAGUUGCUGGAUAUUGGCGGGAGCUGGAACACGCUGUCGUACACGUCGAUCCAGAGCAUCCCAAACAUGCUCAAUGGGUGACAUGUCUGGUGAGUAUGCAGUCCAUGGAAGAACUGGGACAUUUUCAGCUUCCAGGAAUUGUGUACAGAUUCUUGCGACAUUAUCUUGCUGAAACAUGAUGCCGGCAGAUGAAUGGCACGACAAUGGGCCUCAGGAUCUCUUCACGGUAUCUCUUCAUUCAAAUUUCCAUUGAUAAAAUGCAAUUCUGUUUGUUGUCUGUAGCUCAUGCCUGCCCAUACCAUAACCCCACCGCCUCCAUGAGGCACUCUGAUCACAACAUUGACAUCAACAAUCUGCUCGCACACACAACGGCAUCUGCCCGGUAUAGUUGAAACCGGGAGUCGUCCGUGAAGAGCACACUUCUCCAGCGUGCCAGUGGCCAUCGAAGGUGAGCAUUUGCCCAAUGAAGUCGGUUUCGAUGCCGAACUACAGUUAGUUCAAGACCCUGGUGAGGACGACGAGCACACAGAUGAACUUCCCUGAGACGGUUUCUGACAGUUUGUGCAGAAAUUAUGUGGUUGUGCAAACUCACAGUUUAUCAGCUGUCCGAGUGGCUGGCCUCAGACAAUCCCACAGGUGAAAAAGCCGGAUGUGGAGGUGCUGGGCUGGCGUGGUUACACGUGGUCUGCGGUUGUGAGGCCGGUUGGACGUACUGCCAAAUUCUCUAAAACGAUGUUGGAGGCUUAUGGUAGCGACAUUAACAUUAAAUUCUCUGGAAACAGCUCUGGUGGACAUUCCUGCAAUCAGCGUGCCAAUUGCUCAAAACUUGAGACAUCUGUGGCAUUGUGUUGUGACAAUUUAUUUAGAGAAAUAAGCUUUUUGCAUAUGGAACAUUUCUGGGAUCUUUUAUUUCAGCUCAUGAAACAUGGGACCAACACUUUACAUGUUGCGUUUUAUAUUUUUGUUCAGUAUUACUUUUCUCAAUUUAGACCAGCCAUUUGGUAUGGGUAACAUGCUCAUCUUUGGCCAAACCCUGACAUUCACUCAAAGCAAACCAUCCGUUGCGUUUUCUGUUCCCAAGCCUGGAAUCCAAACUGAUGCUCCGUUUCACCAUUGUUGAAGUGAUGGUGAAAUGGAACAUAUCAGUUCGGAUUCCAGGCUACCUUUUCUCCUCAUCCACCUUUUUCUCUGUGUUCUCCCCCAUCCAGGUCCCAUCAGUACGGACCCCGGGUCGCGGUAAGCCCCCCCUCGCGGGACUGCCGGAGCGCAACAAGGAGAACAUGGGCCAGGUGACCGGACUUGGAGUCCCUCUUCAGAGCGGUGGGUUUAAAACCCUGGCUAGUCCGCAGCGUAACUUCAGCAUUAACUCUGUCGCCAGCACUUAUUCAGAGUUUGCG